AUGAGGGACGACGGCGAGGAAGUGUUACCUAGGAAGUCUAACCCUAGAAACGAAGGUGAGAGGAGAGAGAAAAGUGAGAGGGGGAGAGAGGCUCGGCUCUCCUCAGACCAAGCACCGAGAAAUGAAGGUGAGAGGAGAGAGAAAAGUGAGAGGGGGCGAGAGGCGGGAGGGAGGCAGAUUCUCACCCCGAAAUCUGCUCUUCAACAUCAACAAAGUUCACAGGUCAGGGAUGAUUUCAAUGCGUGGCUUAAUGGGCUACAAUCAGGUAACGAUGCUCGUUCUCAUUUUCAAUCGAAAAAUGGCGCGAAUCGAAUUUCUGAUCAAAUUUUGCAAUCUCUUGAUAAUGUUGAUAAUACUGUGAAUGAGCAUAUAGGAAGACACAUUAAUAACUUGAAUACUGAACCCCUACCUGAGAUUGUACAAAUUGAACUUGAAGAUAUACAGGAUGAGAUUUCGUUUUGGGAAUCUGCAAUUUUACUCUAUGUGUUAGGGGAUAACCCACCACAGAAUGUCAUGGAAGGCUAUGUAAGGCGUAUUUGGGCGAAAUUCGGGGUAGACAAGGUCUCACUGGUGGGAAGGGGAUUGUUUCUAGUUCGUUUUACCACCAUGGAAAACUGUCAAAAGGUCAUCAAUGGGGGUUUUCAGUUUUUUGAUGGGAAACCUGUAGUUGUGAAACCUUGGUCUGCUGACAUGAACAUAGCCAAGGAACCCACUAAGAAAUUGCCAAUAUGGAUCCAAUUGCCUCGAUUGGAAGUGAAAUAUUGGGGGGACAAAAGUCUUGCUAAGAUUGUAAGCCAUUUUGGUACCAUGAUCAAAGUGGAUCAGGAUACUCUGAAUAGAGAUAAACUAAUGUUUGCCAAAGUUCUUGUUGAGGUAGACAUUGACCAAAAAUUCCCUAAUGUGAUACAAUUCCUUAAUAAGAAUGGAGUGACCAGGAAAGUCUGGAGACCAAAAGUUGUCUCACAAGCAUCAACCACAAGGGAGGAGAUAGAUAAGGAUACUCAAGCUAUCACUUCUAGUUGUUUUGUUCAAGCCACAAGGUUUAGCAAACAUAGAGGCCAACAACUAAAGCCUGUCAAUACUGCAAACAAGUUCCAGAUGCUCAGUGUUGAAGGAGAUAAUGAUUCUGUGGAGAUUCAGGUGGAACACUCUAAUGAGGUGGGAUUGAACAGGAAGCAAAAACAGCUAAAAGUGAGAGAGAUGAUCUCUUAUCACAAAGCUAAACUGUUCAGUCUCCUUGGUACUAGGGUGAAGGCUUCAAAAAUGGGUAAUCUCUAUUUGAACCUUUGCCCUACUUGGUGUUUUUCUACAAACAGUAGUUGUCACAACAAUGGGAGAACUGUUAUUGCUUGGGAUGCAGCUGCUUUUACCAUUGAUAUUAUUCAUAUGACUAGCCAGGUCAUUCAUUGUUCUGUUACUCCCUCCUCCACUCAGGAGUCUUUCUUUUGCACCUUUGUCUAUGGACUGAAUACAGCUAGGGAAAGGGAAGCUCUGUGGAACACUCUCUCAUAUGUGGCUAGGGUAUGCAGUACCUCUUCUUGGAUCACUAUGGGGGAUUUCAAUGCCAUUAUGGAGUUGGAAGACAGGAUUGGGUCCAGGGUGUUAGCCAACUCCAACUGGGGUGAUUAUUUUGAGAAUGCAGAAGCUUGCUUCUUACCUGAGGAGGAUUUUGAUCACUGUCCCAUGGUUCUUAGUACUCACAAAACUGAUGCUGUGAAGAGACCUUUUAGGUUCUACAAUAUGUGGACCUCCUCUCCAAAAUUCCUAGAGAUUGUUCAGACACACUGGUGCAAAGAGUAUGUUAGAUGUAGGGAUGAGUUCCUGUCUGCUCAGAAGCAGCUUCAUUCCAACCCCACUAAUUGUGAGAUGGCUACUGAUGAAAGAGAUUCUGCUGAACAAUACAGAGCUGCCAAAGCAAAUUAUGACUCUUUUAUGCAUCAGAGAGCCAAACUCCACUGGCUAGAACAUGGUGAUGAAAAAUCCAAAGCUUUUCACCAAAGCAUCAAGCAAAGAAGAAAGCAGAAUCAGAUCUAUUCCUUGCAAACUGGUGAUGGAGAAUGGAUCAACUCUAGUGAAGGGGUUCAGAAGGCUUUUUUGGACUUCUACAGCAAUCUUUUCAGGUCAUCAAUGGCUCACAGGAUUCCUGUAAAGUCUACUAUUGUUGACAGAGGGGUUAGACUCUCUAACACCCACAUUGAUAUGCUUGACUGCAACUUUUCUAUGGAAGAUAUCAAAGGGGUUCUUGACUCUAUUCCAAGCAAUAAAGCCCCUGGUCUUGAUGGCUUCAAUAGCUUCUUUUUCAAAUCCUCCUGGGAUAUCAUUAAAACUGAUCUUUGCAGUUCCAAUCAAGACUUUUUCAGAACUGGCAAACUCCUCAAAGAAAUCAAUGUUACUUCAAUCACCCUGAUUCCAAAAGUGAGUGUUCCAUCUUCAGUGAGUGACUUUAGACCAAUUGCCUGUUGUUCUGUAGUUUACAAAUGUAUUUUGAAGCUCCAGUGUGCCAAGCUCAACACAGUGCUGCCUGACAUCAUAUCACCAAACCAGGGUGCCUUUGUAGCUGGCAGAUCAAUCUUGCAUAAUGUUCUUGUGUGUCAGGACAUCACAGGCCAACUGCUUUAUGAAACUUGA